AUGGAUUCUUUAAAGAUUAACAUUAAAAUUCCCCUUCUUGAGAAAGCAGCCUCAAAUGUGAAAGACAUAAUAUCUCACAUAAAAUUGAAUGAUGGAAUAUAUUUUGAUAAGAAUAAAUAUGAUGAGAAUGAAAUAAUUAUGAAUUUAGAAUGUACUAAUAUAUAUAAAAAGAUAGAAACAAUGAAACAUAUCCUGAUUGCUCAUAUUUUAAAAAUUGAUGUAUCUAAUUUAUUUUUUGAUGUAUUAAAAAAUAUAUCUAUUAAUAAUUUAACACUUAAAAAAUUAAUAUAUAAUUAUUUAAUAUUAUAUGCAGAAGGAAAUGAAGAUUUAACUAUUUUAACUAUAAAUUCUUUUAAAAAUGAUUUAAAUAAUAAUAACUAUCAAAUAAGAGCAUCAGCAUUAAAAGCUAUGGCAUCUAUAAAAUCUAUAGAUAUGAUCAAUAUAAUAAUUAAUUCUUUAAAAAAACUAUCUAAAGAUAAAUCACCAUAUGUUAGAAAAUCAUGUGCAGAUGUUAUACCUUCUAUAUAUAAUAUUGAUAAAGAUCAAUUUCUGUUUUUAAGAAAUAUACUUUUAGAUCUAUUAAAUGAUCAAGAUGUUAUAGUGCUCUCAUCAGCAGUCAUGUCAUUUAAUUGUUUGUGUAUAUAUAAUCAAACAAACCACAACAAUAAAAAUAAAAUAAAAAUUAAUAAUAAUAAUAAAAAUAAUGAUGAUGAUGGUGAUGGUGAUGAUAAUUAUUGCUAUCAUUUCAAUGUUCAAGAUUCUAAUAAUUUUAAACCAAACAUUUAUAAAUGUCUACCUUCAAAUGAAUUGAAUUAUCUAGAUAAAAACAAUUCAGUCUCUUAUGAUUUAUCUUAUCUCUCAUCAUAUGAACAUUUUUGUGACGGUAAUUCGAUGGAAAGACAAAGAGACAAAUUUAUUGAACAAAAUGAUAACAUGUUAGAAAAAAGAGAAUCAAAAACGCAAACGGAUGAAUAUAUUUUAAUGUAUACUGAUGAGAAUAAUAAUGGAAUUAAAAAUGAAAAAAAAAAUAAUAAUAAUAAUAAUAUUAGAGAUAAAAAUGUCCAUAUUAAUAAUAAUCAUGUUGAUUCAAUAAAAAAUGGAGAGAUGCCUAAUAUAUAUGUGAACCUUAAACCUUCAGAAUAUUCAAAAGAUCCUUCAAGAUAUAAAGAAAAAAAUGAAAUAUAUAAUUCAUUAGCAUGUCUACAUCCAUACUAUUACAAACUAUGUUCUUAUUUAUUAUUGUUUCAUCCAUUCCAUCAAAUAUAUCUCAUGGAUCUUUUAUUACGAUACUGCAAAAUGUUUUAUAAAGACCCACUUAAUAAUAAAAAAAUAAAUUUAAAAAAUAAAAUAAGAAAAGAAAAUAAUUAUAUAUACUCUAAUGGUAGCUUUAUAAAUAAAUCAAGUUGUUAUCUUCAUAAUAUUGAUGAAGACGAUUUUUCUUCAUAUGAUAUAGAUAUAGAAAUAUUUAUAGAUAAAUUAAUAAUAUUAUUAUCAUCUAAUAGUUAUAGUGUUAUUUUAAUGUGUAUUUCUUCUUUAUAUCAUUUAACAAAAUUUAUGUAUAAAGAAUAUAUAAUAGAUUCUAUAAUUAAUACUUUAUUUAGAUGUACUAUAGAAAAAAAUGAAGAUAUGUAUGAAAUAUUUUUAAAAAGUGUAAAACAUAUUAUUAUAUAUUUAAAAGAUUAUUUUAUAAAAUAUUUAUCUUUUUUUUAUAUCAAACCUGAAGAUAAUAAUAUUAUAAAAUCGAUAAAAAUAGAUCUAUUAUAUGAAUUACAAAAUGAUUAUAAUAAAAUUAUUAUAUUAGAUGAGUUUUUAUAUCUUUUAUAUAUUCCUAAUAUAUCUGAAGAUAUUAUUAAAAAACUAUUUUCAUAUAUAACAUCUAUAGCUCUAACAAAUUCUAUAUGUUUAUCAAACGUUAUGCAACAUAUUAUAUUUAUGUUAAAUUCAAAUAUUAAAUUAUAUUCUUAUCAAUCUAUAUUAUCCUUAAGAAAGUUAUUAAGACAAAGUCAUCACAAUCAAAUUGUUCAAAUUCUUUUUUUUUUGUGUAAAAUAUUUUUAUCUAUUCAAUUAGAAGAAGUCAAAAUAUCAAUUCUUUGCACUCUUUCGAAUUAUCAAAAAUAUAUUGAUCCUUUAUUAUUAUAUGAUAUAUCUCGCAUAUUACUAAAAUUUUUUAAUACGUCAACAAAAAUUAUGAAAAUACAUAUAAUUCAUUUUGUCUUCAAAGUAUGGAUAUAUCAGUAUGCUUCUCUCAUGAUACAAUCAAAUGAAAAUGUUGACAAUCAAACAAAUAAUAUCACACAUAGUUAUAUAUCUACUACUAGUGAUAUUAGUUUAAAUAAAAAAAUACAUAUCAAUCAAGCUGAAGAUCAAAUGGAAACAUCCACAGAAAGUUUAGAAGGAAAACAUUUCGAAUGUGACAAAAAUGAUGAUGUCAAAAAAUAUGAAUGUCAAAAUGAUGAUGUCAUAAAGGAUCAAAUAAAUAAUGGUCAGGAAAAUAAUAAAAUAGAUCCUAUCAACACCACCACCAACAACAACAACAAUAAUAAUAAUAUUAAUAAUAUUAAUAAUUAUAUUUAUGAUCAUACAUUAAGCAACUCAUUUUUUAGAAACGAAAAAUUUAAUAAACAACACCUUUCCUUAUUAAAAAAACAUUUUGAAAAUUAUGAAAAAUUAUGUAAACAAACCUUUAUGAUAGCACUGGAAGAUCAACAUUUUAAUGUUCAAGAUACCAGUAAGACUUAUAUUAAUAUCUUCUUAAGAUUAAAAGAAUUAAGUGUUGAAAAAAAUAUUUCUUUAAAUAUAUUACAACGAAAUUUUUUUAAUGAGCAUCUAGAUAUUUAUUCUCUUCCUUUGUAUUACUUAAAAUGUUUUUUUACAAAUGAUGACAAUAUUAUUUCUUCAAAAUGUUUACAAGAAAAUGAAAAGAAUUGCAGCCCAAACGUGCAUAGUUAUGAAACAAAAUCAAGUGAUCAUAAUAUAAAAGUGGAUGAUAAUAUCAUAAAAACAAAUUCUGAUAAAAUAAAUGAAAAAUAUGAUGACUUAAAAAAUUCAUCAUGUAAAGAAAAUAAUUCAAAUCAUUUUGACUAUAAAAAAAAUUCAUUUUUAUUUCAACUAAAUACUGUAUCUAAUAUAUUAAAUAAAAAAAUUUCAUCAUAUGUAGAAUUACCUGACUUUGCAUAUGAUGACCUACCAAAAAUUGAACACAUUAAUAAAAAUGAAAAAAAAGAAAAUAUUACUAGCAUCUCUUCAAAAGAUAUACAAAGAAAUAACACAUAUAAUAAAUUCAUCAAUGAACGUAUUUUUACAAAUAUGGAUGAUUUUUAUAAAGAACAAAAUUUUCAUACUAGUCACCAAACAAAUAAAAAUUAUUCAGAAAAAUCUAGGCUAUUUAAUAAAGGCACAAAAAUUCAAGGUGAAGAUGAAGAAUCUGAAGAUGAAAAUGAAAAUGAAAAUGAAAAUGAAGAAACAAAUGAAAAAAUAAAUGAAAAAAUAAAUGAAAAAAUAAAUGGAGACACAAAUGAUGAUGAAAAUAAAAAUAAACAUCAAACAUUUUGUAAUAAUUCAAAUAAUCAAUCCACAAAUAUUAAUAAUACUUCUCAUUUCAUACAUGAAAAAGUAAUUGAUGAACAAAUGGAUGAUAUAGAAAAAUUCUUUUUUAGUGACGAAAAUUAA